AGUGGAGUAUCCAUUCGGAAAAAACUUUCACUUUAUAAUAAGCGAGCAAGACGACGGCAAUUGUGUUAUUUUCCCGGCGGCUUCCUUGUCAGCAAAGAUGCUUACUGAACUCAUCGUGAUUUGUGUAGCAGUGAUGAAAACGGCUAAACCAGUAACAGCGCUGAAUACCCAAAUGAUACGUUUGUGCGGCGGUCAACUGAAUCCACGGGACCAUGGGAAGGCGAUGCAAUUUGCUACAAGUUUGGUCUAUUCCUGCAAGGAUGAAUUUCUACGCAUCAACAUUCCUCCAAUCGCAUUAAAGAAAAUCGACAGAGUUUGUACGGCGUGGCGCAUGUGCUAUGCUAUCAUCGACGACUACACAAACGCAACCGUGACCUAUAGCGAUUUCUUGUUUAUCUGCAUGAAGAAGAUGACCGAGGCUCUGCACGUAAUUUAUCCGCUGUACAUACAGCUGUACAAGCUCGACGCGGACGAUAUCUUCGAUUCGUUGAAACGCUGCGGUGGUCAUCUGCUGCCCAGAGAUGGCCGUUACAUGAUGGCAGCAUUUUCUUACAUCAAGUAUUUCACAACUGGAUGAAUAUUCAGAACAUUUCAAUGCCA